AUGCAGGGGAGUAAGAAGUGCACGGAUGGCUUCAGUGACUCCUCAAGCAUUGGCAGUGUGCUGGAUGAUGCAGACAAGGAGGUGAGCAGCCUCACAGACCGCGCGUUCCGGAGCUUGUGCAUCUCAGAGGACGCAUCCUUCCAUGACUCCGACCUGGCCCUGUCCCCAGAUAUCACCCGCCAGGUGUUCAGGAAUUUUCACCAGGGAACGGUGAGCCACACACACAGGAAAAGCGGCAUCUGGAGUCAGUUACCGUCCCAAGGUACUGAGCAUGCAGGCUGGGCAGCCACAUUCCAACAGCUGCCCAAGUACGUUCAAGGGGAGGAGAAGUACCCCAAAAGCAGCCCCCCACUGACACCAGCCCAGAGGAGACUAGAAGUGCCAGUUUCUGGCCUGAGGAGCAGCAACAAGCCUAUUUCCAAAGUGUCGUCUCUGAUCAAAUCUUUCGACAGGACCGAAACCCAACGCUGCGACAGCAGGCCUCCUGCCAGCAAGCCUCCAGCUCUCAAAAAUCCCCCCAAAUUUGCUCCUCUUCCGGAAAGCGGCGUCAACUUCUGUUUCGAUUCUGCCUUUUUGACCGUCAGGAGGGUGCCUGCUGAAGUCUCCAGCACCCAUCAGACCAGCCACCAGCCUGGCCGGAAGCACGGAGAGCAGGAAGCCCCCAAGAACUCCGAAAUGGCCAGUCACGGCCCCAGCAGCUUCCUCCCAACACCUGAACAUGCAGCCAAUUCAUUCGAGCCAAAGUUCCCCUCUCCUGCCCACAAGGCAGCCACUGGUGAGCCUGGAAGGAGCCAGGAGUGGGCUCGCAAAGGGACCUUUCUCCAUAGUGAGAACAGUGCUUUUGAGUCAUGGAAUGCCCACCAGCCAAGGCUACCCGAGAGGAAGGACGCCGCUGACGCUGUCCCAGAAAGCAAGGCUCUCAAGCAUUAUGAGGACACACCCUUGUUAAGAGAGCCCCCGGCCCCUGAGCACAAAACCUCCCCCUGCCAUGUCCGGGCCAACUGCGGUCAGGAAGAGAACAAGAUGGCUGCAGGGACGCUCUCCACAUCUGGAACCUGGGUGUCGAGGGAUUUGGGAGCCCAGGUAUUUGCUAUAGAAGAAAAAUCUUCCAGCUCACAGCCUGACCCUCCUCCAUUGAAACCGACCCAUGCCCCCUGGAGGAAACCAAAGUCUGCCAGGGGAGGGAAAGACAGUCUACAAGAUGCUUCGGAAGAGAAGAAACAGACCAACUGGAGAGGCCCAGCCUUGUAUACAAAGCACAAUCCCCAGGCGCAGUUUCCAGAACAGGAUGCUCUUGACGUGCCUGUGGAGCCCCACGAGCAUUACGAUCCUCCUUUCAACAUCAGUAAGCUUCUGACCCCUGUCAUACCCACCAAACAGGUCCUGGAGUCAUCUGACAGCCAGCCAGCGGAGAUAAUCCCUUCACCCCCAGGACAGCUAAAUGGAUACCAAGAGAAGGAGCCCAGUGAAUGUCAGUCCCGGGACAGCUACAAAUCCAAAGCCCCCAGCCUGCUGUUUAACCUCAAAGAUGUGCGGAAGCGUGUAAAAAGCACAUACAGUCCCUCGCCUCUCGUGAAAGGCCUGGAUGAGAAAAUCAGAGACAAGCAAGAAUCCCUGAGCAACGGUGGACUCCUUCCCAACGGGCUCGAGGAAAGCCUUCCGGAUGAGCUCCCUAAGGAGACCCCAGGUGAUGGCCCUUCUGUGCCACUCAUCAGUACCCAGAAGGACCCCAAAGCUGACCCUGAUACAGCCUCUGCAGACAACUACCUAACUCCCACCUCACCAUCAACUAUCACCAAAGCCCCCUUCUGUGUCAACGGCGAGGCUGCCAACAGGAACAACUUUGAGAAGGACGAUACCAAUGGAGAAUCAGAGAUGGGUGACUCCAGGCCUGGCUGGCGUCCGGACUCCAGGCAACACCGCCGCAGGAAGCAUCUGUCUCUGAAACUUUGCAGCGAAGAUCCUGAGGCAGGGAAGGCUGUGGAGACCCCAAAGACCCCCGGCCUAGAGAAUGGAUUCUUGAGAUCCAUCUCUCAAGAGACAGAACCCGAGAGAGAGGCAGGACUUCAGAAUCCAAACUUCAACCCGAAAUUCUCCCCAGGGCCCCUUUCUCCCGAGGAAGAAGAUGUGUUUUAUAGCGACAGCCAAUCUGAUUUUAUGCCAGGACUCAAAAGUAAGGCCAAAUUCAGCACGAGCUCUUCAGAUCAGUCCUUUGCCUCGUUCGAGGAUCAGCAGAAGACGUGGUUCACAGAGACCCAGCAGGAAGAUGGCAGGAACGACAUGAGUGCAGGUGACGGUCGGAAGGAUGAGCAGGAGAAAGUGAUGGAGGAAGAUGAGCUAGAGUACGGUGUCGUGAGUAACGGGAACGCAUGCGUGGAGGAGCACAGCAAGCGGGAAUCCUUGCCAGAAGAAGAAAGUUUGCCAGGAGGUAGCCCCAGGAAGGCGCCAAGGGAGGAAGCUAAUUUCAGAGGCACUGGGACUGGGGGAAGUAAGUCAGAUAAAACUCUUUCACAUGCCAAAGGCCUUGCCCCUUCACCAGCUUCCACUUCAAACAAGCAUAUACUCUUCGCAAUUAAAGAUAACACCCUGAGGGCCACCCCUGUAAUCAAACCCAUCAUGCUGCCCCUCCUGAGGUCCAUGUCCUCGGAGUCCCCAGUGGGAAGUGGCUACAAAGAGGAAGAACUGCCAAGGCCAGGCUGGGGCGGGGAUGCUGGUCCCUGUGCUCCUGAGAGCCAGGAAAUGCCCAGCACGCUGGCACCCACCAGUGCACGGCGAACACAUGUGAAGGGCGUGGCCUGUGAGGAGCUGGAGGGCCAUGAGUGGGAGCCCAGCGCCGCCAGGUCGGAGACCUCCCAGGCAACCCCAAAGUGGUAUGUUCCAUCUUCUCCACUCACAGGAGAGGGCCAGGGGCUGAAGCCACCCCAAGAGGCCACACAGAAAGUUAUGGUGAACAAUGGCAAGAGCGGUUCAACAGACCCGGUGAAGCUGGAUGCUCCAAGGUGCAUCCCUACCAUCACUUUGCCAGAAGAUGACCCAGAAGACCAGCUACCCCCACAGCAGCUGGGAACCUUUUGGGAAGAGCAGGUGCAAGGCUUCAAUAGUCACUUUUUGUCUGCCCCCAGAGCAGGGCCCCCAGGGAGAAGAUGGGUCACCAGUGAACUGGCGGGUUCCCCCAAUGCCAGCUCACUGGAGGAGAGUAGUGCAUGUUCCCCGGCUGCCAGCAGCAUUUGGGACGAUGCUUCCCAGGCCCCUAGUGAGCCUGGCCUGCUGCCAGGGGAGCCUCCCGGCAGCAGCCUCUGGGUCAGCCCCAGCCCUGGCAGGGUGGCCCGGAGGGAGGACCUGACACACGCCCUCGCGUGGGAACCUGGCUCUGACCCCCAGCUGGAGCUGUCAUCCGAAGACCUCAGGACGCUUUCUCCGAGAGGCUCUCUGCUGGAUGUGGCCACCAGCUCAGCCGGCCUCCUGGAGAAGCCAGAGCCUCCUGCUCAGCUGGAGAGGGCGGCUGGCAAGCCACCUGCCGUCCCACCCAAAACAGAGAAGGCCCUACGGCGGGCAAAGAAGCUGGCAAGCAAGAGGAGAAAGAUCGACCAGCCACAGGAAAAGCAUGGGGAACGCCGAGAAGAAAAGCUGAACCCCGAGGACUCAGAGCAUAGGCCACUGUCCCCCAGAGAGAGGCCCCGUCCUAGGUUCCCUGUGGUCCGCUCCUUGCCCCCUCCCCUGCAUCGCCACUCGGUGUCUGCCUUUUCAGAGCCAGUCCAGAGGAGGCCUGGGGGGCCCCAGUCCCUUACACCCCAGCCCCCUUACCCUGCCACCCAGAAGGUCCUCCAAGACCCCCAGUCUGGAGAGUACUUUGUCUUCGAUUUGCCGCUCCAGGUGAAAAUCAAGACCUUCUAUGACCCAGAGACAGGCAAAUACGUCAAGGUCUCCAUCCCAUCCUCUGAGGGGGGUUCCCCUGAGCCAACCCCGCCAGACGCCCUUGCUGCUCCCUACGUGCUGUACCCCGGCUCCCGGCCCCUGCCCGUGACGGCUCUGAUGCCCUUGCGCUGCUCCUCUCAGCUCUCUGCCCCCACCUUCCUAAGGCAGCGCCCUCACACCGCCGAGGCGGCCGGCCUCAGGCCCCAGAGCGUCCACGAUGUGGUCCUGCAGCUGCCCUCUGAGGCUCCUGGCAACCCCACGCAGCCCUCUGCAGGCCAGCGCCCCGAGGGGCCUUCCCAGAGUACAGGGCAGGAGGAGGGUGAUGCUCCAAGCCUGGGCAUCAUCUCCACCAACGACCUAGAGGACUUUGCCACAGAAGGCAUUUCUUGA